AUGAGGCAAGAAAAUACUCGCGCUAGAAUUGGCCCUCCACCUAAAGAAGUUCGUAUCGCGAUUUUAGACAGCGGUAUAGAUUCAAGGUUUCACUUCAGAGACAGGGUCUACAAGAGAAGCAAAAAUUUUAUAUCCGGCGAAAGCGAGCACAAUUACAAUAAAGGUGAGACGGGCCAUGGCACAGCAGUUGCAUACCAAGUAGCUCGUGCGUGCCCAAAUGCCAAGUUAUACAUCGCUCGAGUAGCCAAACGCAAUGACGAUGGAGGUAAACCAGUGCCAGAUAAGCAGGCUAUAGUCAAGGCUUUGCAAUGGGCUAGCAGGGAGGAAGUCGACAUCAUCAUCAUGUCUUUUGGAUGGGAGACACAGGAUGAUGGUGACGGUGUGGAGGAUGAGCUAGACAACAUCAAGAACAAGAAGUCGAUCCUAAUGUUUGCUGCUUCCACCAACGACGGAGCGCUCGGGAAGAUGCUGUUUCCAGCCCGACAUUGCGGCGUCAUCGCGGUUGAUGCUUUCGAUGGUUUCGGCAAGGAAAUUCCGACCACGGGAACGCCAGACAGUGAUUGGAAGCGAGAACGAUUUGCUGCUCCUGGUAGAUAUCUCUCUGCUGGAGGAGACAAAAGAGUGACAGGCAGCUCCUACGCUUGUCCAAUUGUUGCUGGUAUCGCAGGUCUAGUGAUAGAAGCAUGUCGACGGGAGAUGCCGCGACCGGAAGCGAGUGUAUACAAACGUCUAGAGACUCGGGAGGCCAUGGAAUCCAUUCUGAAAUUGCUAUCGACACCAAAGGGCGACUUCAAUUUCUUGACGCCUUGGGAGAUGCUCCGAGAGGACAGAGAGGAAAAUCCUUGUGAGACAUUCGAUUUUUGUCGGAGCAUCAUAAAGGGGCCACUGAGACCGUAUCUGCGUUGUGGUGCUUCGUUCAUGAUGAAAGGCAACAUGGCGAUAUCACUUAUUUCUCCAACCGCUGCAAGCUAG